UGCACUUGCCAGCACUCGAAUGAGCUGGAAUGGGCAAUGGCAAACAUGUAUGGCUGACCGUGGCUACACUGGUAGCAGUCCUGCAGGUUACGCAGCAACAGACCGUGGACGAAUGCAGUGGUCCCAUUCGGGCAGAAUACUGUGCUCCGAUAAUCGAGGUAGAGAUAGUGGAGUGCAACUACGGGGGCAAGUAUUGCUACAUUUUUGACGCCUUGGAGCCCCUUUGCAUGGAUCAUGAGGCUUACUUCGACAGCCCCACAGCUGGGGGGCAUCGGGCUGAAGGCCCUCCAGUUUGCACUACGACAACCACUGCAACUCAUACAGCAACCCACACUACGACGCGGACUGGUACAUUCUUUUCCACCACACGAGGGCAAGCAAUUGAAUGCCGAGACUUUUGCUAUGAAAACAGCCACCCCUGGAUCGUCAAGUGCGGCUGGCCGGCAUGUGCAUCAUGCGGAGAAUGUGCUUCCAUCCUGCUGCCAAGCACAGCUCCGGAGACGACGUCGGCGCCUGACCAGAGCUUCACUCCCAGGCCGGUUCGCGGCAACACAACAACAAGGCGACCCAGCACUUCAGCGGCAACAGGUCAGCAAUCAGGUGGCUCAGGCGGCGGCAGCGCUCCAGUCUUUGAGUCAGAUGGCUCUUUGGAGGAAGCCGCCAAUGGCCCGACCACGGAAGGAUUGGCUACGACAACGAUGCAGCUUGAAUCGAAAGCUUGCCUGAAGCUGUGCUAUGAUGCCAAGAAGUUCUAUAACUGGCCUAAGCUGUGCACUUGGGCCACUUGCGUGCUUUGUCCAGAAUGCUCGGGCACCAGCGUGACCAUGACGACAACGACCAUACCUUUCACGCUGACAUUGACACACACCUCGACCAAGGUCAUAGCAACUGGGCCACCCACAUCAUCAACAACCGCCACGGAAACCAGAACUAGCACGACAACCUCCACUGUGACCGACACAUCCACCAUCACAUCGACCACAACGGACAGGGCAUGUGCUCCUGCAAGCCCCAUACUCACCAGCAUCAUGGCGGACGAGGACUGCAAGGGCAACUUGAGUGCUGGCGAUGUUUGUGUCGCAGCCGUCGCCGACCAUCCGUGUCUCUACCCGGGCGAUCUUGUUCUUCAAUGUCCAAGGAACAAUAUCCUCUACAGAGAGCCUGAACUUUUGAGCGGUAUUUUCCGGACAAAGUGCAGAAUAUGCGGCUUUGGCCAUACGGACUGGGAAGACACAGACCCCACAGGGGGCCGCAUAGCUGUCAGCUUGGAAUUCGGUGCAAAUGCGAUCCUCGGGGCGGUGGACGAGUCGGACAUUUUUGGCUACGGAAUUUUCCUUGCGGACAACUGCAGCAGGCCUCUACAAAGAGAUGAAGUUGGUUAUGUGCCGAAAAUGGAUCCCUAUCCCUACGACGAUCGGUGCUGCACAAUGAAUGCUUAUCAAACAAGCAUUUCGUUUGACGUGCCGCCUGGUUAUACCAGUGUCAUACUCUCGGUGCGGGUGAACACGUCCUUCGGUUUCCUGCCGCUGGGCGAGGUAACCUCUGAGAUCAUGGACUGGAACGAGACCAGGGCUACCAUAUCUGGGGCAGCCAGGUUUACUUUUCCGGGCUAUUUGCUGGCCUUCGUUGGAAUAUUGCUGCAUGCUCAGAGGAUUGACGGUCCAAGGUCCAAGUAUUUGCGCCUUUGAUGUUCAGCAGGCUAUUUGGCGGAUUUACAGUGUGAUAGGAACAUACACAUGCGUCGAAUUGAAUGUGGUAGACAAUGAUGCCGCAACAAUUAAUCCGCAGCUUGCCAACCAAGUUGGCAAGUUGUCUCUGGUAGCGCUUUCCACAGUCUGUGGUUCCGAGAGUGCAUUGAGUUGUCGCGUUCCUGAUGGCGCACCCCGACAUGCAUCGAAGAUGCCACCGUGUAGUCGCACAGAACACGCUUCCAAGCACAAUCCCUAAUGGGAAGAGGCAGUUUAGCAAGCAUUGCAACAUUGCAAGUGUUGAUCUACUUAGAAUCAG